UGCUUAGUGAGGUGUGUUUGACUUUUACAUUGUGUGUGUUUUCUACGUUCAUUUUAUUUUUCCUAUUUAAAAACUUUUACUUCCUUCUUUUAUUUAUUAACAAAUUUUAUUUAUUUUCUUAUUUGGUGUGAGAUAGCAAAACCUUGAAUAAUCAGUACCACGAUUGGAAUGGAAAGAAAACUCAAUGUAAUGGAAACCUUGCUGCAGUACACCAGCUUAACAUUACUCAAUGCAAGACUAAAUUAAUUGGUUGCUGUAAAAUAAGAAGUGCGUUGAAGAUCGCGCACAAGCCAUUUAACUGCAACGAAAGUGCUCGCGUCGGGCAGUGAGUGCGGCGGUGGAGGGUCGGGCGGCGGCGCGCCCGCUCCACAGUCGGCGCGCGUGUCCUCGAACGGCGCCGGUGGUAUGGCGGUGAGCCGUGUGCCCAGCCCGUUGCACGACGGGAACACGCCCGUCGCGGAGAACUGGUGUUUUACACAGGUGAAAGUGGUUAAAUUCAGCUACAUGUGGACAAUCAAUAAUUUUAGUUUUUGUAGGGAAGAGAUGGGUGAAGUGUUAAAAUCAUCGACAUUCUCAGCUGGUGCUAGUGAUAAAUUAAAAUGGUGUCUUCGUGUUAAUCCAAAAGGACUCGAUGAAGAGAGCAAAGACUAUUUAUCGUUAUAUUUAUUAUUAGUGUCAUGUAAUAAGUCAGAAGUGCGUGCAAAGUUCAAGUUUUCAAUAUUAAACGCGAAACGGGAAGAAACUAAAGCGAUGGAGUCACAGCGCGCGUACAGAUUCGUUCAGGGCAAGGAUUGGGGAUUCAAAAAGUUUAUCAGAAGAGAUUUCCUAUUGGACGAGGCGAACGGUCUCCUGCCGGAGGACAAGCUGACGAUAUUUUGCGAAGUGUCAGUUGUCGCGGACAGUAUAAACAUCAGCGGGCAGAGCAACGUGGUGCAAUUCAAAGUGCCCGAGUGUCGGUUGUCCGAUGAUCUCGGCGCGCUGUUCGACAGCGAACGGUUCUCUGACGUCACGUUGGCGGUCGGUGGCAGGGAGUUUCAGGCGCACAAAGCGAUACUGGCAGCGCGGAGUCCUGUGUUCGCGGCGAUGUUCGAACACGAGAUGGAGGAGAGGAAAAGGAACAGAGUGGACAUCACGGACGUGGAUCAUGAGGUGCUGCGGGAGAUGCUGCGCUUCAUAUACACGGACAGGGCGCCGAACUUGGACAAGAUGGCCGACGAUCUGUUGGCGGCGGCGGAUAAGUACGCUCUGGACAGAUUAAAAGUGAUGUGCGAAGAGGCUCUCUGUUUAAGUUUAUCGGUAGAAACGGCCGCUGACACUCUCAUACUGGCCGACUUGCAUUCUGCGGACCAACUGAAGGCACAAACCAUCGACUUCAUUAACACGAGUCACGCGACGGACGUGAUGGACACGACCGGCUGGAAGAACAUGAUCUCGUCGCACCCGCACCUCAUCGCGGAGGCGUUCCGCGCGCUCGCCACGCAGCAGCAGCAGAUCCCGCCCAUCGGCCCGCCGCGCAAGCGCGUCAAGCAGGCCUAGUGGCCCCCGCGGC